UGCUGUCUCAAAACAAACUGGUAGUUUCACUUUACAUUGUUCUUAGUAGACUCUUUCUCAAAUUAGUCUCCUGUGGAUUCCUGUUACAUUUUUUUUUUUAUUUCUUCAGACACAAAUGUCAUUAUUUUGUUAUUUUGUGCCAGAUAAUGCCAGCAUCACAGAUUUGGGAUGUGAUUGUGCAUCUGGGGUUUCCUUGCCUGUUUUGUGACAUUUGAGGCUGUAAAUUGCUCUGUGUUCCUUCAGAAGUUAUCUGUAGGAAGCUGUCGAACCCGGAUGGAGCAUGAAUGUCUUAGUAAAUGUUUAGUUACUUAUUUUCGUGUUAGUGUCCCAGAAUGCCUACAUUGUAAGCCCGCUCUUUUUGGAGAUCACUGUGCGCUGAGGAUGUUCCCGCACAGCUUAUAGAAAAGCACAUUCCUCUGGUGGACCACUUCACCAGAGCUGCAUAGGCAGCCAAGGCAGCUGUUUUUGCAGGAGGCAGAGGGAAUUCACUCAGGGAAACAAUGCCAGAACUGGGGCCUAGCCUUCCCCUCAGCAGCCAGCGAGGAGCCAAGAGUAGAAGGGGUCUGAGAAGGUGGCGGUGGGUUUUGCCUGGGGGCUACCCAGGUUCUGCUUGCUGUUGGGUGAAUUCUCAUUUCCCCAAAGGGACACAGUUGUACGGAUGGCAAGUUACGGGGUCACUCCAGUCUUAGGCCUAGGUGAGGAGUCCUCACCAGGAUGGGAAACAAGGAAGUGGGUGAGGCUGUGUGGUUUACAUUGUACAGGGUUCAGGGAGAAGGGACCAGGGUGAGCCCGAAAGGGAAUUGAGACCCUCUGUGACAGGCUUCUCCUUCAUCUGCCCUUGAGCGUGGGGUCCUCCCAGACUGAAGGGGCCAGCGGUUGGGAGCAGCGUGACCUUGAGUGGGCAUGUCUGCAUCUGGAAUGCUGCGGAAAUCCUAGUUCUUCCUGGGCUGGCCAGGAAAGGAUCAGGUUACCUUCUUCUGGGCUGUCAACGGAGGGGCUCCCUCGUCGGGACAGUCAGCCUUGGGCCGACUGAGGGGCCCCAGCUGGUCUUCAGGCAGGGAGUGGGAGGGAGGCCGAGCAGGGCCAGGAAGCUCCGGGGACUCACGGGAGAGAAGAGGCCCGGAGGAGGGGCUGGUGGGCCAGGCCGCAGCCGGGGCGCAGGGCGCGAGGCUGGAGCUAGGCGAAGAGACUCGCGGGACCGAGACCCGGUGACCCUCGGCGGCGGCGGCGGCGGGGCGCCGGGUGGGUCUGUCCUCUCGGGCGCCACGGGGGCGUGCGCGCGCCCUCGGCCUCGCGCCCCGCCCUCCCGUCCUCCCCGCGCCGCCUCCCAGCGCCAUUCCCCGAGUCCCCUCGUCCCGGCCAUGGAGGGUCUGGUGCUGCGCCCCGCCAAGGACUACCGGGUGGUGCUGCUCGGCAGCGUGGCGGUGGGCAAGACGGCGCUGGCCACGCAGUUCGCGUGCGGCCGCUUCCCCGAGCGCUGCGAGCCGUCGGUGGAGGAGCUGUUCAGCAAGGUGAUCGAGGUGAACCGGACUCCCGCGCUGCUGGAGAUCGUGGACACGGUGGGCGCCGAGCACCUGGUCACCCUCAAGGACCUGUACAUCAGGAACAGCGACGGCUUCGUGGUGCUCUACAGCGUGUGCAGCGAGGCCUCGUUCCAGGCCGUGCGGCCGCUGCGGGAGCGCAUGGGCCGGCUGCGGGGCUCGCGCGCCGUCCCUCUGGUGUUGGUGGGCACCAAGGUCGACCUGGACGCCGAGCGCCAGGUACUGACGGCCCAGGGCCGCGCUCUGGCCCGAGAGUGGCGAUGCCCGUUCCUGGAGGUCACAGCCAAGAGCAAGAUGAUGGUGGACCGCGUGUUCACGCAGGUGGUGCGGGAGAUGGAGGCCCUGGCCCCGCCGGCGCAGGAGGCUCCCCGCAUCCCUGUCAGCGCCCUGGAGUUGUGGCCCACCGAAAGGUUCAUUGGCUAGCGCGUUGCGGUCGGCUGGUUCAGUGCCUUUUCCAAGAAAGUUACCGAAUCGUAAACAAGUGGCUGCUUCUAUAUAUUCAUCCCAAAUGGUGCUUCAAUCUGCCUACGUGUCUUUCUUCAAUGUUUGGCAAAAACUUUGCAACCUCCCUCCGUUGACCUCUGACUGUGCUAUAAGAAGAAACCAAAAAUGGCCUUUUUCUGUAAAGAGAAUUUACAGCUCUGUUCUUCAAUCAGCUUGUUUCUGGACUCUCACCCCUCCCCCCCCAGCCUAAUUUUUGUAAAUAGCGACUUGAGAGCUUUGGAUUGGUUGGGGAGUCUGCACUAAAGACAAGUUUUCUUCAGUUGCAGGAGGGUUUUCUCUCUCCUUUUUCAGCCUUGAAUCCAGCAGUAAGAUUUUCCUCAACAUGAAUUCCUAAAUAUAGUUAUGACUUAUGCCGGGUCGGUUUGAAAGGGGAUACUGUAUGGGGGACAACUGUCCACACGCACGAAGCUAGCUCAGCCCUACCUUGUAAUUGACAGUUAGUUGGUUUCUACAUCCCUGCAUUGGAAAUAAAAUUAGAAGCUGGUAAUUUUUAA